UUGCUUCGGAUCCGAUUGUUGCGCUCCCUUCUCCUUCUGCUGAUCCCUACAAGUUAUCCAACAAGAGGGCAGGUCCGCCGUCUUAUCUCCAACCUCAAAGAGCAGUUGGCUUCUCUGGGACUACAUCUUAUCAGCUACUCUAACCCACGUGCCUGAUUGGACCCGAUCGGUCCUACACCUACCUAGGCAAGGGUAGCCAUCUAUCUAUAAUACGAGCCCUUUUCUUUCCCCCAGAGCCUCCUCCUGUCUUUUUUUUCUUUCUAGUCCAUCCAGCAGAUACGAGCCCACGGUCGUCCCAGUUCACAGCACGCCACGGCCUUCACAAUGACUCCCAGAACCGAGUAGGUCCCCUGAACCCCUAUGUUGUGUGAUUCCGGCCGGGUCCAGCCUCGUGGCGAGACUAACAAUGAUUCCCUCCAACAACAGCUUCCCCCCCGUCCGGGCCUGUCUCUUUGACAUGGAUGGUCUGCUGCUUGACACCGAGGACCUCUACACACUCUGCAUCAACCUGAUCCUCGAAAAGUACGGGCGUCCCAAGCUGCCCUGGAGCAUCAAGGCCAAGCUGCAAGGCCGCCCCGGUCCCCAGGCCAACAAGCUGCUUCACGACUGGGCCCAGCUGCCGAUCACCCCCGAGGAGUACCACAAACAGUACUAUGAGCUCCAAGCCCAGCACUUCCCCGGCACCCAGCCCCUCCCCGGCAUCCCUACACUUCUCAGCGACCUCGCUCGCACCCGCUACUGGGACAUGGAGAAGAACAAGGAGUCCAGGGCUGGCGAGACGGCGCCCACCCCCCACCGCGUCCACAUCGCCCUCGCCACGUCGUCCCACAAGUCAAACUUUAUCUUGAAGACGUCGCACCUGACGGAGCUGUUCAGCGUCUUUGAAACCCACCGUCGCGUCCUGGGCGACGACGAGCGGAUUGCCCCCGGCCGGGGCAAGCCGCUUCCUGAUAUUUAUUUGCUUGCCCUCAAGACGAUCAAUGACUCGCUUCCCGAGGGGGAGAAGCCGAUUACCCCCGAGGAGUGUCUUGUCUUUGAGGACAGCGUUCCGGGGGUUGAGGCUGGUCGCCGGGCGGGGAUGCGGGUUAUCUGGGCGCCUCACCCGAUGCUGAAGAAGGAGUAUGAGGGGCGGGAGAAGGAGGUUCUGGCUGGACGGACGUACGAGGCGGGCGAGGUGGACACGCACCAGCUUGGGGAGGUUGAUGAUGGGUGGGCUGAGUAUAGGGGUACGCUGGUUGAUUUUCCGUAUGAGAGGUUUGGGAUUGUGGUGCCGCCUGUGGAGGUGGAGGGGGAGGGGUGGAUGCUUGAGACGGGGAGGUUGGCGGAUGGGGAGGUUGUGGAGGUUGUUGGUAGGGCUUAGGUUACCUAGCUUGGUGGACGUCGGGAUGGGUAUAAUGGGCGUUUGAGAUGGGUUGGUGUGGGCGUUUAGAAGAGGUCACGGUUGCUGGGCGUUUAGAAUAGC